GGAGGUCUCGGUUUCGCCGGUCGUGGGUGCCUUAAUGGGUGCCAUAUUGGAAAGGAAGUGAGUGCAGGAGGUAGCGGUAGAGUAGGGGCGGAAAAGCUCUUCUUCAUUCCUAGUUCGGAGGGAGACGUAGCUAUUCCCCGUGACCAAGGAAAAGAUAAUUCGGCGGUGGAUUCGGGAGCUGAGCUGCAGAGGAGUUUGACAGGCAGCAUCCCAGAGGGAAAAAGGGUGGCUGCAGCGGGCGGCGGCGGCGGCUUUGGCCUAAGAUGGCGGACCCGGCGGAGUGCAACAUCAAAGUGAUGUGUCGCUUCAGACCUCUCAACGAUUCGGAAGUGAUUCGAGGCGACAAGUAUAUUGCCAAGUUCCAGGGCGAAGAUACCGUCGUGAUCGCGUCUAGGCCUUAUGCAUUUGACCAUGUAUUCCAGUCACACACAUCACAAGAACAAGUAUAUAAUGAUUGUGCUAAAAAGAUUGUUAAAGAUGUACUUGAAGGAUACAAUGGUACAAUAUUUGCUUAUGGACAAACAUCGUCUGGGAAAACUCACACUAUGGAGGGAAAAUUGCAUGAUCCAGAUGGAAUGGGGAUUAUUCCAAGAAUAGUGCAAGAUAUAUUUAAUUAUAUUUAUUCCAUGGAUGAAAAUUUGGAAUUUCAUAUUAAGGUAUCAUAUUUUGAAAUUUAUUUGGAUAAAAUAAGGGACCUUUUGGAUGUCUCAAAGACCAAUCUUUCUGUUCAUGAGGACAAAAACCGAGUACCUUAUGUGAAAGGCUGCACUGAACGGUUUGUAUGUAGUCCAGACGAAGUUAUGGAUACUAUAGAUGAAGGAAAAUCAAACAGGCAUGUAGCAGUUACAAAUUUGGAUGAAGAAAUUAAUCAACAAAGCCAAUUAGUGGAAAAACUAAAAACACAGAUGUUGGAUCAGGAAGAGCUUCUAGCAUCCACCAGACGGGACCAAGACAAUAUGCAAGCUGAACUGAACCGCCUUCAGGCUGAAAAUGAUGCUUCUAAAGAAGAGGUAAAAGAGGUUCUCCAGGCCCUUGAGGAACUUGCUGUCAAUUAUGAUCAAAAGUCACAAGAAGUCGAAGACAAGGCAAAGGAGUAUGAAAUACUAAGUGAGGAAUUGAAUCAGAAAUCGAUAACAUUAGCUAGUAUAGAUGGAGAACUUCAAAAACUUAAAGAAAUGACUAAUCAUCAGAAAAAACGUGCAACUGAAAUGAUGGCAUCUCUUUUAAAAGAUCUUGCAGAAAUAGGAAUUGCAGUUGGAAACAACGAUGUAAAGCAGCCAGAAGGAACUGGUAUGAUAGACGAGGAAUUCACAGUUGCAAGACUCUACAUCAGUAAAAUGAAAUCUGAAGUGAAGACUAUGGUAAAACGAUGUAAGCAGUUAGAAAGUACACAAAUAGAAAGCAAUAAGAAAAUGGAAGAAAAUGAAAAGGAACUAGCAGCAUGUCAGCUUCGUAUUUCACAGCAUGAAGCCAAGAUCAAAUCACUUACAGAAUAUCUUCAGAAUGUGGAACAGAAGAAAAGACAGCUUGAAGAGUCUGUGGACUCUCUUAAUGAUGAGCUAGUUGAGCUCCACGCCCAAAGAAAAGUUCAUGAAAUGGAAAAGGAACAUCUGAACAAAGUUCAGACUGCAAAUGAGGCCAAGCAAGCAGUUGAGCAGCAAAUCCAAAGUCACCGUGAGACUCAUCAGAAGCAGAUUAGCAGUUUGAGAGAUGAAAUUGAGACAAAAGAAAAAUUAAUAACUGAUUUGCAAGAUCAAAAUCAAAAGAUAAUACUAGAGCAGGAACGGCUCAGAAUUGAACACGAUAAGCUGAAAACUGUGGAUCAGGAAAAAAGCAAGAAAUUGCAUGAACUUACUGUUAUGCAAGAUAGAAGAGAGCAAGCAAGGCAAGAUCUAAAAGGUUUAGAGGAGACUGUGGCCAAAGAACUUCAGACUCUACAUAAUCUCAGAAAACUCUUUGUUCAAGAUUUGGCCACCAGGGUUAAGAAGAGUGCAGAGAUUGAUUCAGAUGAUACUGGUGGCAGUGCUGCUCAGAAACAGAAGAUUUCUUUUCUAGAGAACAAUCUUGAACAGCUCACAAAAGUCCACAAACAGUUGGUACGUGAUAAUGCAGAUCUCCGUUGCGAACUUCCGAAACUGGAGAAACGGCUUAGAGCUACGGCUGAAAGAGUUAAAGCUUUGGAAUCGGCAUUAAAAGAAGCAAAAGAAAAUGCUUCCCGAGAUCGUAAGCGAUACCAGCAAGAAGUUGACCGAAUUAAAGAAGCAGUGAGAUCAAAGAACAUGAUCAGAAAGGCGCAUUCAGCACAGAUUGCUAAGCCUAUUCGUCCUGGUCAACAUCCAGCUGCUUCUCCAACUCAUCCAAAUGCAAUUCGUGGUGGAACUGCUUUUACCCAAAAUAGUCAGCCAGUUGCCGUUCGUGGAGGUGGAGCUCGGCAAGAGAAAGCAUAAAUUUUGAUGAACAAGAUGGUGAGAAGUACACACAACAUGAUCAGAAUUGGAUAUUACGCAAUGAGAGUCAUUCCUUGAAAAUUAGAAAAUUGUAUAAAUUUGUACGAUCUGUACAGCUCUCCUCAUUUUUGGAUUGGCUAAUUGAGUCCCAACAAAUUAGAAUUCUUUUUUCUUUUUUGGAAAAUUGACAUAUAACUUAAAAUGUAGGUCUCAUUACAUGAUCUGUCGUUCACGUCUUAAAUUUAGUCUGCACUGUGCCAAGUUGAAUGUAUGUUAAGCAACAUCUUAAAAUUUCUUAGUUUAAUUUAUGUAUAUUUAAUGGUCUUAGGAAGUGUGGAACUAUGUUGAAAUAAGUUUUAAACUUUACCACUUUAAUUACACUACUUGACCCACUCAUGAAUCAGAACAACACUGUACAUUAAUUUUGCCUAUACAGCUGUACAUUAAUUUUGCCUAUGUGGCUGUAUAGAGAGAGACUAAAAUUAUUUGUACAGUAUGAAAUCACUGAGAUGUUUUUAUGACGACUGUUGCCUUUAGGCACUGAAAUCUCAAAAAAAUAGAACUAAGAAAGUGUUUUUUUAAGACUAUGUAACUGUUUAGUUAAAUAUCUUUUACUGGGUUAUUGAGUUAAUACUGGGUAUAGCAAGUAAUAAAUAUAGAUUGACAUGAAAAGAUUUGGCAAUGACUUCAAUUUGUCCUAUUCCUGACUAUAUACACAGAUUAGCAUGAUGAGAUGAAAACAUUCUGCUUCCUCUUGAUGAGCCUAUCAAUCAUCAGAGCUGUAUACAUUUGGAGAAGAAAUUGGGAAUUUAUUCUGCAUUUGUGUUUUUUACUGUUAUAAACUUUAUUCUAAAGUAAACUCUACAAUGUUCUAUAAAUGACAGUCUAGAGUAGCCUGCAAACUACAAAUUUGGUUUAGUUUGAGAAUAAGAAUGGAUUCAUUAAUUUUCAGCAAACUGAAAAACAGGAGCAAAGUUAAUUGUUCAAAAAAAUCAGAAAUGUUGGAUGAUUAUGGAAAUUGAGCUAUACUGAACUUUCACUGUAAUUAAUUUGUAAAUCUAGAUUUCUGUAAAUGUAUGUUUUCCAGACAUCUUCUCAGACAAAUUAAUUAGUGUUCUAUUUGUUUUUGCAAAAAGUCCCAAGCCCUGUUUUUUUUUUUUAAAUAAGAGUUUUGCCCUUUAGAAUGGCACUUCAAGAAGUUCAAAUAAUGCCUUUGAUAGAGACUUCCUGCAUGAUAAAUUCUAAAGGAUUUAGAAGUCUUUCUCAUAACUAUCGUAAGGUUUAUAGGAGUAGAAAAAUAAACUGCAGCAAUGGAGAUGCUAAAUAACUUCUUUCCUGGAAUGCAUUUAUGCUAGUUUUGUAUCUUGUUACAGUAAGUUCACAAGCACUUGGAGAUAAAGGUUUUCUGUAGAUUUUUAUGACUAACUUUUUUUACAAAUUAAAGUAUUUGUAUUAUGAUGAAGCUUAAUAAUAGAAAAAUUAGGCUUUUUCCCAAUAACUUCUCAUUUGUGAUUUUUAAAAUAAUUUUUAGAGUCUGGGCUUUUUUUUUUUAUCAGCCAAGCUGUUGAAAGUUUUGGAAUUAACCCAACACAGUUCUGUGUUUAAAAUAAAUCCUCCAGACAUAAAAUGAAAAGACCUCUGCAACGUAAGAGGGGACUUGUACAAAGGGAAAUGGGUAUUUAAGUAAUGGUUCUUAGAGUUUUCAGUUGCAAUAGAUUAUGCUACUUUCUCAACAGUAACAUAUUGUUCUAAUCCCGAUUCAGUUUGCAUAGUUCAAAUUUGGUUUCUUGGCAGGAUAUUUUCUCAUGGUUGUUUAUGGUAGUUUCAUUUCUGUAAGUAAUGUAUCACAGGUUUUGGUGCUGAUAUGGCUGUGUAAAUUAAAUAAACUGUAUCUAGCAUGUACCUCAAAA